CAAAAGUGCUCUGCAUAUUUCUGUUUUACUCUAGCAAAAGUUAAGUGAAAUCGUUACCGUGGUAACCAGCCCCAGUAUGACUCGAAACAAUUUGCCCACCAGCCAGAAGCAGAAGGUCAAUGGAUCGGAGCAGAGAACAUCAGCAUCCAUCAGCCAUCCGGUGCAGCGUUUGAUUCCGUCAUCGGCCUCGGUCACAGUGCUGUCCAAUCAACGUGUCGUAAGGGCAACGGUCCCGAAGACUAACGUCAUUAAACCGGCACAGCCGCAGCAUUUUCAACAGCUGAGACAAAUCGCCUUCAGCAGCAGUCAACAAACAACGACGGGCAACGACAUCCGUUUCGUUACCAUGAACACCGUUACGAGUGCUUCCGUUUCCGCUUUGCCGUCACAGCCAAACCGUCCUCCCCAAAACCUCCCCGCAGGUGUCAGCUACGUUACCGAUCCCAAUCUGCCUCUAUUCGAUGGGCCGUUCCAAAUCAUCGAGCCCGGUCACGAACUCUACAUGGAAACGGAACCGUCCUACUAUCUGGAACCCCUGGAAGUAGACUUCAUCGACGAGCUACAGGACAUCUUAGUCUCUAAGAACGGAAUACCAGAGGAUGUCCUCAAGAAUGCCUUCGAAAUGGAAGACGAACUGGCAUCCCAGGGCAAAACCCUCCUGGAACACGUUCCGGUUCCAUACCUGCACAAUCUCGAUCACUACAAAGUCUCUCUGGUCGGGGAGAUGAACGAUCUGUUUCCGGUGCCGAAGCAUCGACCGGAACCGAAGGUGCAGCCCCGGUACAAUUUGCUGGGUCGAACCGAGGCUACCGAUUGUCAGAUGUUCAACCGGGAACCGACGGUGGACGAUCCGUGCUACAUGCGGCUGAUGUUUCCGCAGCACUUUCCGGAUCCGAAUAAGGUCGAGCUUAAGCCUCAGGAUGUCGCCCGUGGCUAUCGCAGUGUCAAUAUGAUUGACGAACGGGGCAAGAUUUUUACGGCCAAAUAUUUUGAUCACAUUUCUAUCAAGAAAACCUCGAAACAACAAGCAGCAGCCGCAGGAGCACCGAUAGCAAACCGUCGGCUCUCGGAACUGAUUUCGACAACUCAGUUCAAAGAUGUUAGCCCGGCAAUGAGAAGCAAAAUUGAGUCGCUGGCCAGUGGAAAUUUGAACGUGACUCUUACUCCGGUCAGGAGUAACCCCAAGCUUGCGUCACCAGAAUCGUCGUCACCGGCUGCUCAAAAUACUACAAUCGUAAUCAAAGCUCCCAAACGUACCAUAGCUACCGGAAUGCUGGAUUCGGAAAUGCCUUCGGAAGUUCCGAUGCCGAUGCCAUAUAUCAAACAGGAACCGCAAGAAGAACCGGUCCCAGGGCCCUCAUCCGAUUUCAAUCAACAAAUCAAUUUAAUCGAUUCAACUCCGGUCCAGCUACCGGUUACAACUCCUCAGCUGGCUGUAAGCAAGCAACCACGCAAACAAAAACUGCAAUCACUCACUCAAUGUGAGGCAGUCUUCAAGGAAGGGCCCGAUGGUGUCAGGACUGUUUCAGCCAGUUUGCUGAAAUCGAUCAGCACCAAUCGGAUUAAUCGAGUGUCUCCAGCAGGAGAUUAUGUGUCCGUUACUUUGAAAGGAUUUGAGGAUCUCAAUUCUUUUUCUAGAUUUACCAGCCCUCAAAAAGAAACUUCAACAGGAUUCGCUUCAGAUGAAGCCUAAUCCCAAACCGUCAACUUCAUCCUACUCGAACACUCCACUAAGCAGCCGUCUCGAAGCCUACAGGCGGCGCACGGUUCCGAUCGAGAGGCGCGUUAUCGCCACCCACUAUCGGGUGGAAAAACUUUCGAUCAACAG